CAGACAGGUAUGCGUGGUGCCUUUGGAAAGCCCCAGGGCACAGUGGCCAGGGUCCACAUUGGCCAAGUCAUAAUGUCCAUCCGCACCAAGCUGCAGAACAAGGAACAUGUCAUUGAGGCCCUCCGCAGGGCCAAAUUCAAGUUCCCUGGCCGCCAGAAGAUCCAUGUCUCCAAGAAGUGGGGAUUUACUAAGUUUAACGCGGAUGAAUUUGAAAACAUGGUGGCAGAAAAGCGGCUCAUCCCAGAUGGCUGUGGGGUCAAAUACAUCCCUAAUUGUGGCCCCCUGGACAAAUGGCGGGCCCUGCACUCGUGAGAGCCUUUGGCGCUGUCCCCUCCUUACUUGUGCCCAUGAAUAAAUCCUCCUUUUCUGUCCAAAAAAAAAAGAAACAAGAAAAAUCUCGAAUAAACAACCUAACCUUACACCUACAACAAUUAGAGAAAGAAGAACAAAAAAA